GCGAAUGUCAGCACCUCCAGCGCGAAGAACGGCACGCGCUCUGGCAGGAACGGCAGCGCCGAGCCCUCCGGCAGGAACGGUAGCGCCGGGCCCUCCGGCAGGGCUGGCAGCGCCAGGCCCGCCGGCAGGAACGGCAGCGCCAACGCUUCCCGCAGGAACGGCAGCGCCAAGCAUUCCGGCAGGAAUGGCAGUACCAGUUCCAGCGGUAGCAAGCCCGGCGACGCCAACGAGACUGCCGCCGCGGACCACCUCCGCGACCGCCAGUCUCAGGCGCUCGCCGCGCACCACGAGCUGCAGAGCGCCAAGUCGCUGGGGUCGGCGCUCGAGGAGCUGCACCGGAGGCACCAGCAGCAGGCCGCGGAGCACGAGAGGGACGGUACGAGCACGACUGGCGAGGGCGAGGACGCCGACGAGGGCGGAGGGGGGUCGAAUGUCUUGGUCGUCGAGCCGCGUGGCGAGUUCCGGUGGUGGCGCUGGAGCUUCCCGUUCUCCAUCCGGCGGCGGCAUCUACCACCGUUUUGUCACGCCAGGUGA